AUGGAUGCUUUUCUUGAUAACCUUCCACUCCCGGAUAUGUACUCAAAUCUCAUUUCAAUAUCGAAGUCAAUCUGGGAGAUCUUCGUUGGAAGGCUCAGGGUUCUUCAACCUGAAGAAUUAAAUCAAUGGAUAUCAGAUUCAUAUAAUUAUCUUACUAACUUAUCUCAAAAUCGAUCAUCAGAGAAUUAUAGGAAGCUAUGCAUUGGUAUGCUAUCAUUAUAUCACUUUUUUCUCUCUGAUGUUUCUCCGUUAGAACCUCUAAUUAACGCGUUAUACUCCACAAACGAAGUUAUAUCAAUGCAACUAGCUGCAUAUUGUAUAGCAAGCAUAGCUUCGGAACUACCACCUACUAACGAUAAUUUUGCCAGAAAACAUAUCGAAAUUGCGCUUUCAAAAAUAAAAUUAGAGCGAAAUAACUAUCAAGAUAAUUUAUUUGGCCUAUUCUUACUUAGAGAACUGGGAGAAAUGAUACCAUUGCCGUUUUUAAUUCAUAGUCCAAAUGUUCCUGAACAGAUUUGGCCAUUUCUGAUCAAUACAUCAUUCGAAAUUCGCAUGGCCGCAAGUCAAGUACUCGAACGAUAUCUUACAAUCCUUGUUAAAUACCAAGGAUACAGAUUGAAAGAGAUUUUUGAUGCAAUUUUUCAAAAUGCACUGAUGCAUUUACAUAAGAAUCCUGAUAACUGUCCUCAAGGCGCACUAACUGUACUACUCUUAAUAUUAAAACAAAAAGGAGAAUUUUAUGAACACAAAGCCAACAUAAUUUUUGAUGCUGUGUUUCCUUUCGCACAAGGAAAAGAGCCAAGGGAACCAGCCAUCUCGGUUUUGGGUCAACUUGCCGCAAUAAAUCCGGUUUUAUUCAGAGAUGAUUCGAAAUUUAUAUUAUUACUUGAAAUCAUCAAAAACCAUAAAGAGGGGACAUUUCUGAACUGUAUCGAAGCUCUGACCAAUCUAAUUAACAAUGUUCCAGAAAAAUUUGGAGUUUUAGGUCAAUCUGUUUUCCUAAUUCUAAGAGGAUCAUUGCAAUAUAACAAAGACUUGAUAGCUGCACCAUUGAUGGACGUAUUAUUAGCUAUUGCAAAAAAGACAAAUAUUCUACAAAAUCAAAAUUUCAAUUUAUGGGAAAUUAUUGAGAAAUUCAUAUUUACCAAGACAUUCCUACAACAUUUCCCUGUUUUUCUUGAGACAAUUCCUAAUUUUUGGGUUGAUUAUUCUUUUAGAAUCGUAGAUGCAACAGUAGAUCUAUUCCAAAACACGAAAAAGUCACACGUAUCCAAAUCCAAUGCUUUUAAUCUCAUCUGUUUGUUCCCAACUGUUUUAUCAAGUCAUCAAAAAUUAUUAAUUAGUUCUUUAAGGGAUUAUUUACUCUCAAAAUCGGAAGAAGAUAUUCUACUUGCUCCAAAGGCUGUCCUCCACAUCCUCCUAGAGACAGAUAAUUACGAAUUACAUCAAAUUUUGCAUCAAGUCAUUGAUAUAGCCACAGGACAUGAUUCCGUGAAUGUUAGAGUAUCAUGUUUAAAUGCAUUCCGUGAGAACCAGUACCAUUUGCUCGCCAAUCCCGUGUUUUUAGAUUUUUUUUCGAAUUUAUCACACGAUGACUCUCCUUUAGUUCGAUCUGCGUGUUUCAGGAUACUCAAGAAGCUCAGAGAAUACGAUCCAUUCGGUGUGGAUCUCAUUCUCAGGCGUUCAAUGCUUGAAUCUUUGUAUUCUCUCCAAUGUUCAACGAAUUUGAUCAUGCAAGAGAAGAACAGUUGUGUCCUUCCAAACCUUGUAUCAGCAUCUCCCAUGCUAAUGCACAUUUUUUCCAGUACUUAUAUCCCAAUAAUUUUAGAUCUUCUUACACAAAGGUUUUCCUAUCAGCACAGCGAAUUUAACAACCCAUUGUUCCCUGAAGUUCGCACUCAACUUGCUCUUUCCCUUGUCCAAACACUUGAUGAAGUGAUUACAAAUGAUUUUUCAGUUGUCAAACGGUUUUUGAAACAAAUUUUAGAAGUUUUCACAGCAAUUUUAGGGGAAUGGGGCGACAAACGACUUAAACACCAAGUCCUUGCAACUCUUUUGGUUUUGUUUACUAAAGAUGAACCAAGGAACUUACUAGGAAUAUAUCCAAAACUUUUACCAAUGGUUUUUCAUUUGAUUGCAACAUGUAAUUCACGAGGAUUAAGAGUUAGAGGCCUAAAAUUCCUUGGUUUAUGUGGUGCAGUAUCUCCACGACUGAUGAAAUAUGAUACUACACAGACAAACAACACUGAAAACCAUUUGCCAGACUUGUUUUUAGUAGGAAAUUCCAUUUCUUACAAUGAUUAUUUUGUUGAAUUCGUUUGGAAUCAAUUACAUAUGAUUUUAAACGACAAAAGUCUUUCUACGUUAAGAAUGAAAGUCUUAACAGCUGCAACUAUUUGUUUGGACUGUAAUUCAACGAAAUCCGCUGAAUUCUUUGGAGAAUUAGUUCCUUUGAUUGAAUUAGAAAUACAAAAUUCAAUUGAUGACAAUGCGAAUGAAGCACUUUUAUUGUUGCAAAGAUUGAUAUUCAUUGCAGGACAGCGUAUUAUACCUUUUGUUGAUGAAAUAAUGGUUACUAUUCAUAAAGUUUGGCGUCCUAGUUUAGUUUCAAAUCUUUUAUUAGUUAUAGCAAGUUUAGUUGAUAAUUUACAUUCAGAUUUUAAUCCUUUUGCAGCAAGUUUAGUUACUAAUCUCUUGGAUAUCAUUUCAUCAAGUGUUUUAUCUAUCCAAUCAACAGCUGUUAAAUGUAUUCCGUUGAUGGCAACAAUAUGUGCGAGUUUUCCACAUUUAAGCCAAGUUUUAGCACCAAGAAUUUGCGAAAUCGCAAGAAGUGAUGCACCGUUAGAUGUCAAAGUUGUUUCUUUAGAUUCAUUGCGGUAUUUAGUACAAAACUCUAAUAAUAUUACUAAUUCAGCAGCAAUGAUAUUAAGAACAUCAUUGGCUUUCGCAUCAAAACAAGAAGCUCCUCUUCAAGAUUUGGGUUUCCAAGUCAUGUAUUCGCUUAUUCUAAAGCUUGGUGGAAAAUUCAAUUUGUAUACACAUAGAACUGUUGAUAAACUGAUAAAUAGCGGCUACGUUCCAAAGGAAUUCGUAAUUUUAAAUGGUGCAAUUAUGUCUGGAAAUGAUGUCAAAUUUUCUGACUUCACUUUUAUAAAUACAGAGCCAUUAUUGCAUUAUUUAAGAGAUUUUCCAUCGAAAAUCACCAACAACCAGAAGAACAUCCUUGAACAUUUCGAUCACCAGAUAAUGACAACUCCAAAACAUUAUCAAAAUUGGUUGGCAGGAUUUAUUCAAGUUGUUAUCCAAGAAAGUCCAAGUGUUUCUAUAAAUGCAUGCACAAGUUUAAGCAUGACACAUACACCACUAGGAAAUGCUUUGUUCUUCCCUGCAUUCCUUAGUUGUUGGAUAUCAAUGGGAAGUGAUUUACAAGCAGCAAUUUCUCUGAAGUUAUCAAUGAUGUUGACGAAACAAGGUUUGCCACCGGAUGUAACUCAAACAUUGGCCCAAUUGUUGGAGUACAUGGACAGAGCGGAGAAGCCAAUCUUGAUUUCGGAGUCAACAUUAACUAAUUUCUAUACAAACGCUCAUUGUUUGGCAUUGGCAUUACACAAUGAACAAGAAAGAGUGUUUAAAGAAAUUGGCGGUGUUUCAGGAGGUUUGUAUGACAAUGCCGUUCAUUUGUAUAUACAAUUAAGUCGUCCUGAAGCAGCAAAAUCACUUCUAAAGAGUCCUAAUGAAGAUCACAUGUGGUUAUUGAAAUUGGAACAAUGGGGUUCUGCUUACGAAUAUUAUUCUGAAAGAUUGGAUUUAGAUAGAAAAGAUGAAGAAGCUUUUAAAGGUUUUAUUACUUCUGCAUGCAAAUUAAGGAGAUACCAAAUUGUUCGUGAAAAAGAGAAAGAUUAUAUGAGUUUCCAUAUAUCGUUUAGAGCAACAAUUGCGGAAUAUUUCGCGGAAUCAUUUAUUUUUUCAAAUGAUUUCAACAAAGUUUUGUUUUAUACAAAAGAAUGUUCUGCGGAUUCUGUUGUUGGUCGUGUAUUAAGAGCAAUUGCUCUUUAUAUGCUGCAAAAGAAUGAUGAAACACAAUCAGUUAUUGAUGCAACAUUUUCUCUGAUUUCUGCUCAAUCAUCUGCAUUGUUUGGAAGAAGAUAUGAAACAGUUUAUCCGACAUUAUUAAAUUGCCAAGUUUUGUAUGAACUCCAGGAUUUAGUUAAAUUAGGAAGAGAUUUAGUCAACGACCAUUUAAGAAGAAAACAAUGGUCGGAUAGACUAAAAAGUGUUGACUACACAUCAGCUGCUUGGUGGUAUUUGAUAUUAGUUAGAAGAAGUGCAAAUCCUAAUGAUUAUGAUUCAUUUAUCAAAUUUGUUGAUUUGAUUUUGCAUGAAAGGAAAUUUGACGUUUUUGAAGAAACAUUUAAAGUUUUGUUUCCUAACUUUAAUGAAUUAAGUUCUCCUCCUUUAGUCACUUUAUUAAAGUGUAAAUAUAACUGGGCAAUGGGAAACAACAAAACAGCUUUGGAGAUUGUUUUCAGAUUGACAAUGAACACGUUAAAAGCAAGCCACCACGAUUUCCCAUUCAUUCUUUCUCAUUACGUUGAUUGGACAUUAUCUUUCAACGAAAGAUCAAAAGAAUCAUUAAGUGACAUGACCAAAAAAUUGUCAAGUUUGCUUGGAAAAUACUCAGAAAAUCAAUUCGUUUGGCAAAAAUGGGCUGUUGUUAAUUACCAUAAUUUCAACUUGAAUCCAAAGAACUAUGAUUUCGCAUUCGAAGCUAUUAAAGGUUACGUGAAUUGUUUGACAAAAUACCAAGCUCAAAAUCAAGGAAAUUUCGCUGAAAUAAUUCAAUUGUUGUCGCUUUUCUUUGCAACAGCCGAUAACCAAAAAAUCUUUAAUCAAACUAGUCAGCUGAUUAAUAGAAUUGCGAAAUCUUCUUUCAUUGAUUGUUUGCCACAGUUGAUUGCUCAAUUAUCCCAUCCAAUUAGCAAUGCCGUUGAUUUUGUUGUUGAAAUUUUGAAAUCAAUUGCGAAACAAAAUUUCCAACCAUUGUUAUUCCCUCUUUUAGUUGUUUCCAACAGUAAAGACAAGAAGAGGUCAAUAGCAGCCAAUGCAGUAUUGGAUGAGAUAGCAAAAGAGCAUCCGAAACUGAUGGUUCAAGGCCAGAAAAUACAAAGUGGUUUGUUGAAAGUUGCAAUUUCAAUUUUUGAAAAAUUUACAACUUUAGUUUACAAAUACUUUGAUUUCAAGGGCGAAGGAAACUACGAAAUGAGCGAACAAGUGCUAAACGAAAUCAAAAUAUUGGUAGAUACACCUCAAAGCCAAUUCGACAAUUUGUUUAAGCACCAAAACUUCCAAAUGAUCAAUGAUUUGCUCAGCCAACAAGAAGAUCCUGAUGAAAUUCUCAGAUGUAUAAUGUUUAACAAUGACACGUUCCUUGACAGAUUAAAUGACAUUGCUAUCAGCGAUGUCAGUACUGAGCUUGAAUCCCUUUUAGAUACAGAAGUUGCUGUUCCUGGUUCUCCUGAUGUAAGAAUACAUCAUUUCCUUCCGAAAUUGUCAGUCAUGGGAAGUAAAAAACGACCGAGAAGAGUGACAAUUGUAGGAAAUAACUCACAGAACUAUAAAUUCUUGUUGAAAGGAAACGAAGACCUGAGAUUAGAUCAAAGAGUUAUGCAGUUCUUUAGAUUAAUCAACGCUCAAAUUCGAAGAGAUAUUUCAUUGUCAAUUGAUAAUGUUUCUGUCAGAUGUUAUUCAAUUGUUCCUUUGAGUACAGAAGUCGGUUUGAUACAAUGGGUUGAUGGUUGUGAUACAUUCUAUAACUUAGUUGCUGAAUACAGGAUUUCUCACAACUUAAAACCAAAUCAUGAACAAGAUAUUUUGUUCAAUUUGUCAGUAGAUGAUGCAAAUAAACUGACACCAAUGCAAAGACUCGAAGUCCACAAAGAAAUCAGACAAAUCGUGGACGGAGGAGACUUGAGAAAAGUCUUCUGGCUGAAAAGUCCAAGCAGCGAAGCAUGGCUCGAAAGGACAUCGAAAUACGCGAGAUCGACAGCUUUGAUGUCAAUUGUUGGAUAUAUUUUGGGAUUGGGAGAUAGACAUCCUUCCAAUUUCAUGAUAGAUAGAAACAGCGGUGAUGUAAUUCACAUAGAUUUUGGAGAUUCCUUCGAUGUUGCACGAAACAGAGUUUUGUUCUCUGAAAUGAUUCCUUUCAGAUUGACAAGAAUGGUUUCGUCAGCUUUCGGUUUGUGCGGAAUAGAAGGAGAGUUUUAUCCUGUUUCUGUAAGAGUUAUGAUGCUGAUAAGAGAGAACUGCAACUCUUUGAUAUCUGUACUUGAGAUUUUCGUGCAGGAACCAAUAGAAGAAGGAGAAGCAAAGCUUCAUGCUCCUGAUGUAAUGAAAAGAAUAAGAAGCAAAAUUAGAGGAAAUGAUUUCGAAGAAAAUGUUGUAUUGCCUGUAGAAAAACAAGUAGGAAGAUUAAUUAAUGAGGCUUUGGAUGAAUAUAACCUUGCAAAACUCUACAGCGGAUGGAAACCUUUAUGGUGA